AUGGCGUUACUAUCAGUUCAGGGAAAGGGCCUCUGGUCGAGCACUCCAGCCGCUUUUGAAGAUCUUACCAGAGAGACUUACCCUAUUGGUAAUGGCAGGUUAGGAGCUAUGCCGCUUGGUCCCCCAGGGGCUGAGAAGGUAGUUCUCAAUAUUGACUCGCUGUGGUCCGGUGGCCCCUUCGAGACAGCUAAUUACACGGGCGGGAACCCAACUUCCCCGGUCGAUGAAUACCUCCCCGGGAUUAGGGAUUGGAUUUUCCAGAAUGGCACGGGAAACGUCUCCCAGCUUCUUGGAAAUGAGAACAGUUAUGGAAGCUAUCAGGUGUUCGCCAAUCUCUCAAUUGCCAUCGACGGUAUAACGUCUGCAACCAGCUACAAUCGAUCCCUCGAUUUCAGCAAUGGCCUUCACACGACAACCUAUACAGCAGACGAUGGGAACCACUACACUUCAACUGUCUAUUGCUCUUAUCCUGACCAGGUUUGCGUUUACGACCUCUCUUCCAGCUCUCCCUUUCCAAACAUUGCUGUCUCUCUGGAGAACCAACUUACCUCGGCGCCGUAUUCCACAUCUUGUGAUGCCCAAGGUCAGUUUGUUGUCUUGGCAGGAGUCACCCAAGAAGGGCCACCUCGAGGUAUGCAAUAUGAGGGGAAAGCUCGAUUGAUGAGUGGGAUUAGGACAACGUAUUGCAGUGGUUCUUCGCUGAUUAUACCAUCUGACUCCACAACUCGGAAGUUUAGUCUUGUGAUUGGUGCAGCUACCAAUUAUGAUCAACUAGCCGGCAAUGCUGCAAGUAAUUUCUCCUUCGCCAUGCCUGGUUCUGAUCUCAGCCACACAAACCCCUUCCUGGGCCCAAUUGUCACAUCAAUCACAUCUGCAGCGAUUGCAAAAGCCGAACGAGACAUCCGACAAGCUCAUAUUGCAGAUUACCAGGGCCUAGCUGACCAGUUCGCAUUAGAACUUCCAGAUAUGGCUGGGUCAUCUGGUCUGGAAACGUCGGUCAUUAUUGGCCGGUACAAUGCAUCGGGUCCCGGCGAUCCAUAUCUCGAGUCGACACUCUUUGCUUUAGGGCGGCACCUCUUCAUAUCCUCCGCCAGAGACAAUUCUCUCCCACCAAAUCUGGCUGGCAGAUGGAGUGAAACAAUCGACGCUGCCUGGGGCGCUGAUUAUCAUGCCAACAUCAACUUCCAGAUGAAUCACUGGGGAGUUGACCAGACGGGGCUGGGAGACCUCCAGGUCGCUACCUGGAACUGUAUUCAAAACGUCUGGGUGCCACGGGGAACCGAAACGGCACAACUUCUGUACGGGGCCCCCGGAUGGGUCACGCAUGAUGAGAUGAACAUCUUCGGGCACACGGGCAUGAAAAGUGUUGCUCAGUGGGCCGACUACCCGGCUUCCGCCGCGUGGAUGAUGCAGCACGUGUCCGACCACUUCUCCUAUUCGCAAAACGUGACCUGGUUCCUAGAUCAAGGCUACCCACUCCUGAAAGGCGUUGCUCAGUUCUGGCUUUCUCAACUCAAGCCCGACGAGUACUUCAACGACGGUACACUCGUCGUAAACCCUUGCAACUCUCCCGAACAUGGACCCACAACCUUCGCAUGCACACACUACCAGCAGGUAAUCCAUCAACUCUUCACUGAUAUCAUCUCUUCGGAGCCUUUUCUACCAACUAGCGAGGCAGAGUUCAUCGCCAUUAUCGCCAACGCCCUCUAUACCCUCGACAAAAGCCUACAUAUCGGCAGUUGGGGCGAAAUCAAAGAAUGGAAGAUCCCCGACUCUUUCGGGUACGACUUCGAGAACGACACCCACCGCCACCUCUCCCAUCUUAUCGGCUGGUAUCCCGGCUAUGGCUUCUCCUCCCUCCUGGGCGGCUACACUAACUCCACCAUCCAAGAGGCAGUCGCCACGUCUUUGUACUCUCGCGGACCAGGGAACGGACCCGAUGCCAAUGCUGGCUGGGAGAAAGUCUGGCGCGCAGCAUGCUGGGCCAGACUCAACAAUACCGACGAGGCAUAUUUUGAACUCCGUUACGCAAUUCACGAAAAUUUUGCCGGGAAUGGCUUGAGCAUGUACAGCGGGAAAAGCCCGCCAUUUCAAAUCGAUGCCAAUUUUGGGCUUGUGGGAGCCGUACUGAGUAUGUUGGUUGUGGAUUUGCCGAACGAUAAUGGAGCGGAGCACAGGACGGUGGUGCUUGGACCCGCGAUCCCCAAGAGUUGGGGAGAUGGGUCUGUGAAAGGGUUGAGAUUGAGAGGUGGAGGAAAGCUUGAUUUUGAGUGGGACGUAGAUGGUCUUGUGCUAAGUGCGAAAUUGGCCGUGAGGGCGAAUGGUCUUCGGAUUGUCAAUAAAAAGGGAACAGUGCUUGUGGAGACUUAA